GGCCCGGGCGCGCGGGAGCGGGAGCGGCCCGGGGAGCCCGACCGCGCCAUGGAGGCGGCGGCGGGCGGCCGCGGCGGCUUCCAGCCGCACCCGGGCCUGCAGAAGACGCUGGAGCAGUUCCACCUGAGCUCCAUGAGCUCGCUGGGCGGCCCGGCCGCGUUCUCGGCGCGCUGGGCGCAGGAGGCCUACAAGAAGGAGAGCGCCAAGGAGGCGGGCGCCGCCGCCGCCGCCGCCGCGCCGGCCCCCGUGCCCGCGGCCGCCGAGCCGCCGCCCGUGCUGCACCUGCCCGCCAUCCAGCCCCCGCCGCCCGUGCUGCCCGGGCCCUUCUUCAUGCCGUCCGACCGCUCCACGGAGCGCUGCGAGACCGUGCUGGAGGGGGAGACCAUCUCGUGCUUCGUGGUGGGCGGCGAGAAGCGCCUGUGCCUGCCGCAGAUCCUCAACUCGGUGCUGCGCGACUUCUCGCUGCAGCAGAUCAACUCCGUGUGCGACGAGCUGCACAUCUACUGCUCGCGCUGCACGGCCGACCAGCUGGAGAUCCUCAAAGUCAUGGGCAUCCUGCCCUUCUCCGCGCCCUCGUGCGGGCUCAUCACCAAGACGGACGCCGAGCGCCUGUGCAACGCGCUGCUCUACGGCGGCGCCUACCCGCCGCCCUGCAAGAAGGAGCUGGCCGCCAGCCUGGCGCUGGGCCUGGAGCUCAGCGAGCGCAGCGUCCGCGUGUACCACGAGUGCUUCGGCAAGUGCAAGGGGCUGCUGGUGCCCGAGCUCUACAGCAGCCCCAGCGCCGCCUGCAUCCAGUGCCUCGACUGCCGCCUCAUGUACCCGCCGCACAAGUUCGUGGUGCACUCGCACAAGGCCCUGGAGAACCGGACCUGCCACUGGGGCUUCGACUCGGCCAACUGGAGGGCCUACAUCCUGCUGAGCCAGGACUACACGGGCAAGGAGGAGCAGGCCCGGCUCGGCCGCUGCCUGGACGACGUCAAGGAGAAGUUCGACUACGCCAACAAGUACAAGCGGCGGGUGCCCCGGGUCUCGGAACCUCCAGCCUCCAUGAGACCCAAACCCGACGACUCUCCCCAGUGCCCCGCAUCCUCGGAGAAGGACAAGCAAUCCAGCUGGCUGCGGACCUUGGCCGGUUCCUCCACCAAGAGCCUUGGCUGCCCUCACCCCCGCCAGCGCCUCUCUGCUUUCCGACCCUGGUCCCCCGCAGUCUCAGCGAGCGAGAAGGAGAUCUCCCCGCACCUCCCAGCCCUGAUCCGAGACAGCUUUUACUCCUCCUACAAGAGCUUCGAGACGGCGGUGGCCCCCAACGUGGCGCUCGCCCCGCCGGCCCAGCAGAAGGUGGUGCACAGCCCGCCCUGUGCCACGGUGGUGUCGCGGGCCCCCGAGCCCCUCCCCACCUGCAUCCAGCCUCGGAAGCGGAAGCUGACUGUGGACACCCCGGGAGCCCCAGAGACGCUGGUGCCCACGGCUGCCCCGGAGGAGGACAAGGACUCAGAGGCUGAGGUCGAGGUGGAGAGCAGAGAGGGCUUCACCUCCUCCCUGUCCUCGCUGUCCUCCCCGUCCUUCACCUCGUCCAGCUCCGCCAAGGACCUGAGCUCCCCCGGCGCCCACGCCCCCCCCGCCCCCGCUCCAGAGGCCGCGGCCCACGCCGACGCCCCGAGUGGGCUGGAGGCCGAGCUGGAGCACCUGCGGCAGGCCCUGGAGGGCGGGCUGGACACCAAGGAAGCCAAAGAGAAGUUCCUGCACGAAGUGGUCAAGAUGCGCGUGAAGCAGGAGGAGAAGCUGAACGCAGCCCUGCAGGCCAAGCGCAGCCUCCACCAGGAGCUGGAGUUCCUGCGGGUGGCCAAGAAGGAGAAGCUGCGGGAAGCCACGGAGGCCAAGCGGAGCCUGAGGAAGGAGAUCGAGCGCCUCCGAGCCGAGAACGAGAAGAAGAUGAAAGAGGCCAACGAGUCGCGCGUGCGCCUGAAGCGGGAGCUGGAGCAGGCGCGGCAGGCGCGGGUGUGCGACAAGGGCUGCGAGGCCGGCCGCCUGCGGGCCAAGUACUCGGCUCAGAUCGAGGACCUGCAGGCGAAGCUGCAGCACGCGGAGGCCGACCGCGAGCAGCUGCGGGCCGACCUGCUGCGGGAGCGCGAGGCCCGCGAGCACCUGGAGAAGGUGGUGAAGGAGCUUCAGGAGCAGCUGUGGCCGCGCCCGAGCGCGCGGGGCGGCGAGGGCAGCCCCGAGCUGGAGCCCUAG